UUUAAGUAUCCUCUAAAACGAAUGUUGCUCGGUGGUGGUAUAGCUGGUAUAGCAUUCAUUUUUGCUGGAUGCCUCGAAAAAUGUUUAGAGGAGAAUAUGCAAGAUGUAAGUAUACAUAAUGCAAGUACAUACACAAAAGCGCGUUCAGCGAAUAUAUGGAUAUCAAAUUUAGGCUUACAAAAAUUUAACGCAACUGGAUAUUUUAUUUUUGAUCAUAAUAUUAUAACUCCAGAAUAUAUGAAAAUUCGAAUACCGAAAAGAAAAAACCAAACAUAUUUUAUAAAUGACAAAGGAAUAAUUAAAAAGUCAAUUGUAUUAUUAGUAAUGGAAAAUAGUUUAUUUAAAGAAGAUAACACUACAUUUAAGUCACCUUCAGCAGUGCUCGUGCCAGAAAAUGUGUUCAUGACUUCAGCAAAAAAACAUCCAUACAUAAUACAUAUAAUAGUCCCAUCAAAUGAAAAUAGAAGAUUAUGGUUACGGAUCAAAAAUCUUACACUCGAGUCUAUGUCUAAUAAUAAGAUAAAAAUUUUCGAGGAAUCAUUUUGCGUUUCUCAAUUUCAAAAUAAUACAAUUUUGAAAAUUCCUUCGGGUUUGUAUACACUGACGAUACAUUAUAUGGAUAAAAAACAGACACCGAUUUCAAUGAACGUGUUAAAACUUGAAACCGAAUCUAUUUACAUAUAUAGAAAUGAAUAUGAUAAUAAUUUAAUAAAUUCUAGGUUCAAAUCGAAUGCAAUUUUGCAGAAUCGUGUUUUAAGUAAAGUGUGGUUAUUACCUCAAUUCGUUUGUAUGACAUUUGGUGAAACAUUGUUUGCUAUGACUGGAUUAUCGUUUUCCUUUUCAGAAACUCCUGAAUCGAUGAAAACCGUUUCAAUAUCUAUGUGGUAUUUUUGCGUGGCUCUUGGGAAUUUAACUGUUAUUUGUAUCAACAAAUUUAUAGCGUUUGAAAAAAAAUCCAACAUGUUUUUCAUGUUUGCUUUCAUUGCGCUUUUGACAAUAAUCAUCACCAUCAAGUUAAGUAACACGUACGAAAAAUUGUAUUUCAAAACAGAAAUGGAAAAUGAAUACGAAAAAGAUAACGUUAAUUUAGUGAUAAAGAAAAGUUAUCAACUAUUGUUUUGAAAACGAAGAAAUUGUAUUUAAAACAAUUAUCAGAAAAUAAUAUUAAAUUAAAAUUAAAAUGUUAUAAAUUAUACAUAUACAUAUGUGUAUGUUUUGUUUAAAAUCAAAUUCUUCAAAACAGAAAUAACAACAAAAAGAUCUUGAACGCGUUUAAAAUUUAAAUAGUGUUAAAAUUAUGUGAAAUGUUUUUUUGUAUAAUAAUUUGAAUUUCAAAUAAUGUACGGUGGUAAUA